CCCCCUCCCGGGCGCCUUGGCGACGGCGCUUCCGCUCCUCCCCUGACAGCGCAUUGCGGGGGGAACUUGGAAAGAUGCCGGUUCACUCCCCUAACUCCCGGAACCGAGAGCGGGAGCCGAAAGGCGGCGGAGGUGGGGGCAGGCCUCUAGGCCUCCUGCAGAGAGCGGCUACCCCCGAACCCCCGUCGCCUCGGCACCGGGUAGUGCAGCAGCUGGAGGCGGCGGGCCUCCGCCCGGACUCGGCCUCCGGCACCUACCCCUGUCCCCAGCCCGAGGAGGACUGCAUGAAGCUGAACCCGUCCCUGCUCGGCAUCGCCCUGCGCUCGCUGCUGGCCGUCGACCUGUGGCUCUCCAAGCGUCUGGGGGUGUGCGCCACCGAGGAUUCGGCCUGGGGCAGCGCCCGGCCUAUCAUGAAGCUGAUCGAGGUGACGGGCCACGCCAUCCCCUGGAUAGGAGGCACCUUGUACUGUCUGUGCAAGAGCGACAGCACUGCUGGACACGAAGUGCUGCUCAACCUGCUGCUGGCUUUGAUCCUGGAUCUGGUCCUGGUAGGUAUUGUCAAGUCACUGGUCCGCAGGCGUCGGCCUUCACAUAACAAGAUGGACAUGUUUGCUACUUUCUCUGUGGACAGAUAUUCGUUCCCAUCGGGCCAUGCAACCAGAGCAGCACUGGGAGGUCGAUUCUUCCUCAAUCACUUGGUUUUAGCCAUUCCGCUGCGCGUUCUGGUUGUGCUGUGGGUUUGUGUCGUAGGACUGUCACGAGUGAUGCUGGGAAGACACAAUGUGACUGAUGUUGUUUGUGGAUUUAUGAUGGGGUAUCUACAGUAUAGCCUGGUGGAGUAUACGUGGUUGUCAUCCAGUAACCUGCAGACAUUUCUGAGAUUAUGUGGACUUAAAUAAUUAACUGUAGAAUUUUUUUUGUGUAAUCCAUAUCAGUUCCAACUUAUGUAUUGUGUACCCAACACACUAUGUAAAUUAAUAGGUUUGAAAUGCUUUUACUUGACAAUUACUUGAUUUUAUUUUCUAUGACCUUUCAAUUUGACACUAUAACUUGUUUUAACUAAUGUUCAAAACCACCAAAACAUCGUCAAGACACUGAAAUUGUAAUAAGUCAAAUCGCAGUGGGAUUCAUCCACAAUUUCCCAUUAAGCAGAGCUUCAUGUCAGUUAAGACUAAACACAUAUGUAACAUAAUUUGUUGACACACACACUGUCAAGAACAAAGCCAAACGAAAUCACUUAAUGCAGAAAAUAUGUGACAGAUGUCUUUAUUUUUCAAUUUGCUUACAACUGACAGUGGCCUUCCCCUGUACAGUAAAGGGCAUUGAAAAUGUCAAAUGUUAUCUCUGGGAAAACUAAUAUUUUUUUCUGCUUAGCAUGCUGUCUUUGGAAGACCCUGCCAUGGUUGCAGUGCAGCCAAAUAUGUGUUCUGUAUUUGAAUGCUUUUGUGUAAAAUCCUGAAGCAUCUCUCUUGUCUUUGUGGCUUUAUCCACGUUUAAAAAUGUCUCUGUGCGUGUUUGUUCAGUUAGAUGGGUGAGACCAUUUUGCAGCCAUUGCUGCAGACUUUCCAAUGAUUUUGUACUCUAGUGUGGCAUAAUUCUGCCCCAAACUGUUGACAUAGUUAUGAGAAUUAUGAACAAAUUCAAUUAAUCCAGAGUUGCCAGUCCAGAACUUUAGCUUAUCACGGGUAUCCAUCCAUUGGAUUUUCUUUUUUGCAUUGGAAACAGAGUUUUGUGUUAUCAGAAUUUGACUCAUCAUGAUUUCACUGGAUUUUUUUUGCUUACUUCUCAAUUCGUGCGUAUUUGUUUUCUUAGCUAGAAAGAGACUCGUUGAGAAGAGUAUUUCCAUUUCUUAUCAAGUGUUACGGUACUGCCACAGUAUAAGACAAUGCUUCUUCCAGGUGCCUGUUUUGAGAUCUUUACUACUAGUCCAGAUGUGCAGAUGCUGGUGUUGGACCGGACUGGGGUGGACGAAGUUAAAAGUGACAUAACACCAGUUUUUAGUCCAACAGAUUUAUUUAAAAUCACCGGCUUUCAAAGCACUGCUCCUUUUUCAGGUGAGGUGGAAGGAGGUGCGCAGGCACAGAACAUAGAGGGGGAGACAUAAUGGCAAGAUAAUUCCAGGUCAUUAAGAGUAUCAAUAGAUAAGUACAAAUAGUGUGAGUCAAGUGUCAACAGCCUGAAUAGCAUGCCUUUGCAGGUAACCAAGAGUGUCAACAGAUAAUACAAAGUGUAAAUCAAGUGUCAGAGAAUAGAAUAGAAUCUUUACAGUGUGGAAACAGGCCCUUGGGCCCAACAAGUCCACACUGACCCUCAGAGCACCUACCCAAACCCAUCCCCCUAUAACCCACCUAAUGUAUACAUCCCUGAACACUACGGGCAGUGUAGCAUGGCCAAUCCACCUCGCCUGCACAUCUUUGGACUGUGGGAAGAAAUCCACACGGUCACAGGGAGAAAAUGCAAACUCCUUACAGACUCACCCGAAGGUUGCGGGAACAGCAACUCAUAUUCCGUUUAGGAAUCCUGCAGCCCAAUGGUAUCAAUGUGGAUUUCACAAGCUUCAAAAUCUCCCCUCCCCUUCGCUGCAUCCCAAAACCAGCCCAGCUCGUCCCUGCCUCCCUAACCUGUUCUUCCUCUUGCCUAUCGCCACCUCCCCACCUCAAGCUGCACCUCCAUUUCCUACCUACUAACCUCAUUCCGCCCCCUUGAUUUAUCCCCUCCCCACCUAUACACUCCUCUCCACCUAUCUUUUCCUCUAUGCAUCUUCGGUCUGCCUCCCCCCUCUCCCUAUUUAUUUCAGAAUUCUCUCCCCAUCCCCCUUUUCUGCUGAAGGGUCUCAGCCCGAAACGUCAGCUUUUGUGCUCCUAAGAUGCUGCUUGGCCUGCUGUUUUCAUCCAGCUCCACACUCUGUUAUCUCGGAUUCUCCCGCAUCUGCAGUUCCCAUUAUCUCUGAACUCCUUACAGACAGUUGUCUGAUGGUAGAAUCGAACUCAGGUCCCUGGCACUGUGAGGCAGCAUUGCUAACCACUGUGCCAUUGUGCCACCCCUGUCGACAGCUGAAUAAUAAGCGAAGGGAUGAUCUAUGAACUGAUUAAUAAGGACAGAAAGAAUUACAUAUCAUUGAAAAAAUAAGAUGAUGCUAGAGACAAACCAAGUGGCUGGAAUAAUAUCAGUAGGUAUCAGUCACAUAACGAAGAUCUAACAAAAGUAAAAGGUUCUGUGGUACUAGCCCAGAUGACAUUAAAAUUAUGGCCUCCCAGGAUAUAAAUGGGAAAUCAGCCAUAUAGUUCAAAACAGUUUUCCUAAUGUGUAUUCUUCUCCAUGGGCAAUUGGACCUAAGUUAAUUUGAGAUCCUAUGGAAAGAAACUUGUUGCCAGUUUCAAAUUAUCACCAAAUUUGAACCAGGUCUCAGAGGCAAAACUAGUCUUGGCAUACUGUUCUGUCUCAUUUCUGCCAGGUAGAUUGUGUGCUAUUUGGGAACUUGAUUAAAAUGCAGGCUGAGUACUUUUUUGUAAUUCAUAAAUACAAAUAAGAAAUAUUCAAUAAACUGCCUUUGUUGCAUUAUUAUACUUUGUAAA